CACAGCCGUGUGGUUGUGUUUCCCGCCGGAGGCUUUUGCCCAGAGCCCCGCGUCCCAGAGGGGCGGCGGCGGCGGCGGCGGUGCAGGCAGCAGAGGCGCAGGCGGCGGAGGUGGCUGGGGGUCCGGAAGUCAACACCAUGUCGAGUCUGCACAAGAGCCGAAUUGCAGAUUUCCAGGAUGUCCUGAAGGAGCCGUCAAUUGCAUUGGAAAAGCUUCGGGAACUCAGCUUUAGUGGCAUCCCCUGUGAGGGCGGACUGCGGUGCCUCUGCUGGAAGAUUCUCUUGAACUACCUUCCCUUGGAAAGAGCCUCAUGGACUUCUAUCCUGGCUAAGCAGAGGGAGCUGUAUGCCCAGUUCCUGAGGGAAAUGAUCAUCCAGCCUGGCAUUGCCAAGGCCAACAUGGGUGUGUCCAGGGAGGAUGUGACCUUUGAGGACCAUCCACUCAACCCCAACCCUGACAGUCGGUGGAACACGUACUUCAGGGACAACGAGGUGCUGCUGCAGAUUGACAAAGAUGUCCGGAGGUUGUGCCCUGACAUUUCCUUCUUCCAGAGGGCCACGGAGUACCCUUGUCUCCUCAUCCUGGAUCCCCAGAAUGAGUUUGAAACCCUUCGUAAGCGAGUGGAACAGACAACACUGAAAUCUCAGACGGUGGCCCGGAACCGGAGUGGGGUCACAAAUAUGAGCUCCCCACACAAGAACUCUGCGCCAUCAUCCCUAAAUGAGUAUGAGGUGCUGCCCAAUGGCUGUGAGGCCCACUGGGAGGUGGUGGAGCGGAUCCUUUUCAUCUAUGCCAAGCUCAACCCUGGCAUCGCUUAUGUACAAGGCAUGAAUGAGAUUGUGGGGCCCCUCUACUACACCUUCGCCACUGACCCCAACAGCGAGUGGAAAGAGCAUGCCGAGGCAGACACCUUUUUCUGCUUCACCAACCUCAUGGCUGAGAUCCGGGACAACUUUAUCAAGAGCCUAGAUGACUCGCAGUGUGGCAUCACCUACAAGAUGGAGAAGGUGUACUCCACCUUGAAAGAUAAGGAUGUGGAGCUCUACCUGAAACUGCAAGAGCAGAACAUCAAGCCCCAGUUCUUUGCCUUCCGCUGGCUGACACUACUGCUGUCCCAGGAGUUCUUGCUGCCUGACGUCAUCCGCAUCUGGGACUCCCUCUUCGCCGAUGACAACCGCUUUGACUUCCUCCUCCUCGUCUGCUGCGCCAUGCUCAUGCUGAUCCGGGAGCAGUUGCUGGAAGGGGACUUCACUGUGAACAUGCGGCUGCUGCAGGAUUACCCCAUCACAGACGUCUGCCAGAUCCUGCAGAAGGCAAAGGAGCUCCAAGACUCGAAGUAGCCCAGUGGCAAGAGGCCCGUGUUUGGGAGAGAAGCCACCGAGCCCUUUGCCCUGGCUCCCGGGACACACACAAACCCGUGAGAACCCAGCCUGAGGGGAAGCCACAGGAUUGGCCCGAGGCCCAGGCUGCGCCCGCUGGGGGCACACUGUACUGUGCUCCUUCCUCCAUCACUACGCCCAGUGCCCCACCUGCCCUGCACCCUGGCCUCUUUGCCUGGGAUACUGAGCAGGGCUGGAGCUCAGGAAGUUGUCCUUCCUGGGCCAGGGCCGCUUCCGGCACUGGGAGGCUGGCAGGGGCCCCUCCCUGCCUCGGCUCUGCCGCCCCAGCCUUGGUUCCUGCUUCUGGUCUUCUCCUGGGCGUCGGUCAGGGGAGGUGUUCGGCCAGUGGGCCAGAAACCGCUUCUGGGCGGGGUGCUUUGGCUGCUCCAUGGGGAUGGCGACGCUGAAAGCAGAGUCCCGCCGUCUGUCUUACCCACAGGUGUCUGUACUCGGUUGGUGUGGACAUGGGCCUGAGUCCCCAGCUGUCUCCUCCCCGUGUGUGUG